AUGGUUGGAAACAAACGCCUUAGGAGCAAAACCGCCGCGAUGGCUCAAUCCGUGACGGCCCAAAGCCACUCCACCCACGAUCUCGCGAUCGACAUGGUGGCACCACCACCUCUCACCACCGUGCCACCUACCGGACCCGCGGCCGAAUCUAGUGACCUCCCUGGCACCACCACCGAGCAUGGUGGAACCUCUUAUCAAGGUGGGCUCGUUACCACCACUGACUUAGGCCCGGUCUUGGAGCAACUUCAAGCAUUCCCUCCAUUGCCUCCACGCUCGACGCAUGCUCCUGCAUACACCUCCAAUGAAACCCUAGCCCUUGUGCAAUUGGGCUCCACGCUCGACGCAUGCUCCUGCAUACACCUCUAA